AUGUCUACAAAUAAUCAGAAGGUGCUAAUUAUACAAGAUGCAUUGAAAGAACUAUGUGCAGUUUCCAUCAGAGAAGUCCUGCGCAGCUUGUCACUUGCUCCUGGUGCUAAAGUCAAGCUUCUUGGAAUUAUACCGGCAGUCAGGACCGCCCACAGAUCUUAUCCUCUGCGUUGUGGAUUGGAUUUGUCGCAAAUAAGUCAUUGGCGAUUCAAAAGCAGGUUACAAUCGAGUGCAACAAUCAAUAAGAAAAAGGAGGACAUCAAACAGCAAGUUCAACAGAUGAUGGAUGAAUAUUCAAGAUGUUCACAUAUUGCAAGGAUUUGGAGGCAGGCUGAAACACAAAAGGUUGGAUUCGAGGUAGCAGUUGAGGCAGGGUCGCUAAAAGAGGUCUCCGUGGAAUAUGCCAAGAGCUAUGGAGCUACACACGUGAUCCUUCCAAGGAACCUCAAGAAAAAUAAGAAAUAUUUCAUGGACAACCUAUCUUGUGCAAUAUAUAGGAUGAAAAGAGAUUGUAGUGUGGAGACCGUGAGAGGAGUCGAGGCUGCUGAAGUUAGUGUAUUGUCCUCAGGCAGACAUUUCAAAUCAGAAACUUGCAAACAAGGAGAAGAGAUAUUUGAAAAUUCUGCCUGUUCAGUGUGCAUGAACAGAAGACCAAGGAUUGGAGGACAAACAAGAGAAUUCACUUAUGCUGAGUUGCAUUUGGCAACAAAUGGAUUUUCCGAGGAAAACUUGUUAGCUAUUCCGGGAAAGAAAAUCUUUAGAGGGCAACUAAAUGAUCUACAGCAAAUUAUGAUAAGAGAACACUAUUUAAAAACCAUUAAAGAGAAGGAUUUUAAGACAGAGGUUCAGAUCCUCGGGAAAUUCAGACACGAAAACGUGGCCAUGCUCUUAGGAUCAUUUUCAAAAGGAAGGCAUAGGUUGCUAAUCUAUGAAUUUGUCUGCAAUGGAUCUCUGAGCAAACAUCUAUCAGACAAAAGCAGGGAAUUGACAUGGGACAGAAGAAUGAACAUAGCCCAUGCGGCAGCUAAAGGUUUGGAAUAUUUGCAUGGAAAACAGAUUUAUGGAAGUGUGAGGGCAAGCAACAUACUCAUUACACAUGAUUACCAACCACGGCUGUCGUAUUUCGGGCUUUCUAGAAGUCAAUAUGAAGACACAUAUCAAUCUUCCGAAAGCCGGGUGCUAAAGACUUUUGACUACUUGCCACCAGAAUAUGAAGGAACUGGAUUAGACUUGAGCAAAGCAGAUGUAUAUUCCUUUGGGGUUGUUCUUCUUGAACUGAUCACUGGUCGAAAGACAAUUGAAGAUACAGAUGGCCAAAGCUUCUUGAGAUGGGCAAGACCAUCUCUGAGACAGAAGAAGUACAUGGAAUUGAUUGACCCUGUAGUACAGGAGAGUGUUGAUCUUUUCCAGCUGUAUUGGAUGGUUCGUGUCGCAGACAAAUGCCUUAGCUGGGAUCCCAACAGUCGACCCUCGAUAAAUAAGCUGGUGAAGGACCUGGCAUGCAUAGUUAACCAUUGUGGUGCUGAAGACUUCUCUCUUACUGAAUCUGAACUAAUGGCUUCGACGGUUAGAGAUAGAGAGAAAACGGGACAGAGAGAAAAGGAAGGGGAAAAAAGAAAAGAGGAAGAGGAGGAAGAAGAAGAAGAAGAAAAGAAAAGAGAAAUGGGAAAGGUCGACGACACGAUUGAGUAA